UGGCGAGCACGACUGGAUCCUGGGCCUUUGAUCGGUCAGCAGGUGACGAGCAACUGUCACCUUUUCAUUACCCGUGGUUCGCGACGACACUGAUAACGUGACAACAGAUCGGAUAAGAACGCAUUAUCAGGCUUGACCAGCGGCGCGAGUCAUUUAAGGGCCGGCAGUAUGCGGUACAUGGCUCUUUGCGUUCUGCUAUUAGCAAUUAGCGAGCCCCUUCUUACUCAUGCAAAGGUAGUUUUAAUUGUGCCCCGACAAGUAAGACGGAGCCCAGCAGUGCCAUGGCGACCUCCGGGCAAUUAUAAGAAAUCAUCUUACGGUGGAAACGACUUUCAUCGUCACAUACAUUAUGGUCGCGGUAAUCGUUACACGAAAUCAUUCCGACCGUUACCACAUGGGGGUGAUGAUUUUGAUCAUAGUCCUGAAGUUGUGAAUCACGUGCAUGUACCGCACGGCAAAGACAUUAGUCACAGCAUCUCUUAUGGCAAAGGAUACAUUCCGUAUGAUAGCAUCAAGAGCAAUAAUUUACCAUUUGUGCAUGAAAGAUACGCCGGUACUUACGGACGUCAACCGGACUAUCCACCGACGAGUUUCACAUCGGUAGGUCAGGAUUAUGCGGUAUCUGGGACAGCGCAUUCUUAUGAGAAUCCGCAGUUAGACUCCUAUUUCUCGGACAUGGAGAACGCUGCCAGAAAUGAAUUGCGUGGCAAUGUAAAAGAUAGCCUAAACAAAUACUAUGGCGCACGCUCGAUCGAGAAAGAUCUCAGUCUGAGAAACCAACAGGCCCUCAGCAGUAUUAUAGAACAGAGCAAGGAUUCCUUGAAGGGCACUGAAGGCCUCUCCUCAGACACCUCACCAGCCGCGUAUGCUCACGCUGCUUCCGCAGCCAAUUCCGCUAACAUUCCCGCCGCCACCGGGGUGCAAGGGGCUGUGAUAGUACCAGCGGGUAUACCAUCGGCAACUAUAGCUGGUAACAAGGAUGGCAUCGUUCUGCAGGAUACCGUGUCCAUGGACGAGUACCAGAGGAAACUGGAAGAGCUCACCAAGUCCUGGCCGAAUGUGUUGGCCACCGGUGCCAACUUCGCGGCGACCGGACCAAUUUCUGCGCCCCAGCAGCUGCACGCUGGUUUCCCAACCACCGGUCUAUCAGGUGUUAGUUUCGGCGGUUCAUCUGGCGGUGUCAAUUGGCUCCCCAGUUUUGCUCAAUCCAAACAAAGCUAUGCCGUACGCGAAGACCAUGGAGACCCCACGAGCUAUGAUUUCAGAACGAUGACUGUACAAGGCACUCCGUACCAACAUGUGUCCUUCGGUCAUGAAGGAGUGACGGCAGGGAUCGCCCCGAGUGCUCAUGGGUAGACAUAGAAUAUCGGAAUAUAUAUGCAAAAGGAACGACUUUUUGCUGAAAUAUUGAAAAAUUUAACUA